AAAACUGCCUUGAAAUCUUCCCUCCUCCAUUUUUUUCUUUUUGUAAAAAGGAGCACUUCCUCAAAAGUUAGUACAUAAAGCAGUUGUCUGCUAACAGUUUCAGACCGGGUUCGAAACCUUCCAUGCUACAGAAGCGACUUUGAGACUUUUUCCGAGCUCACUUUAAGUCACUAUGUUUGAGUAUGGGUUGGUGUUAUUCCUGCUGCUGGGCUCUGUCCUAAGCCAGCAUCAGGAUUCCUUAUCCCUGGACUCAUCAUGGGAAAGCUGGAAAACUACUCACAGGAAGGAAUACAAUGGCCUGGGUGAGGAGGCUAUUCGGAGGACUAUCUGGGAGAAGAACAUGAGGUUGAUUGAGAGCCAUAAUCAAGAGUAUGAGCUGGGCCUACACUCCUAUGAGCUAGGCAUGAACCACCUUGGAGACAUGACAACAGAGGAAGUAGCUGAGAAAUUGCUGGGUCUCCAGGUUCCUAAUGACAGUGAUCCCAUGAAUACUUAUUCUCCUGACUCACUGGAUAAACUGCCCAAAUCCAUUGAUUACCGCAAACUUGGUUAUGUUACCCCUGUCAGGAACCAGGGCUCAUGUGGCUCCUGUUGGGCCUUCAGUUCAGUUGGUGCUUUAGAGGGCCAGCUAAUGAAGACCACAGGCAAACUGAUAAACCUCAGUCCUCAGAACCUGGUGGACUGUGUGACUGAGAAUGAUGGCUGUGGUGGUGGAUACAUGACCAAUGCUUUUAACUAUGUUAAAGUCAACGAAGGUAUUGAUUCUGAGGAGGCUUAUCCCUACGUGGGACAGGACCAGCAGUGUGCAUAUAAUAAAUCUGGGAAGGCGGCAGAGUGCCGAGGUUAUAAGGAAGUGAAGAAAGGCAGCGAGUAUGCACUGGCGUCUGCUGUUGCUAAAGUUGGCCCAGUUUCUGUAGGCAUUGAUGCAAUGCAAUCAACUUUCCAGUUUUACAAGAGAGGUGUGUAUUAUGACCCCAACUGUGACAAGGAAAACAUCAACCAUGCCGUGCUGGCAGUGGGCUAUGGUGCCUCACCUAAGGGCAAAAAAUACUGGAUUGUCAAAAACAGUUGGGGUGAGGAGUGGGGAAUGAAAGGUUAUGUCCUGAUGGCCCGUAACCGCAAUAAUGCCUGUGGAAUUGCCAACCUUGCUAGUUUCCCUGUCAUGUAAAACUGUUUAGGCAUGUUUAACUAACCACAACAAGCAACCACUGACACUAAGCAAACACAUGAGGGGAUGAGCCAUACUUCUUAACUCAUUAGACCCCUUGCUGCUUUUCAGUACAUAGGAAAACACAGUUGAAAUAGUAUUUUUUAAAUUCCAUGAUUCAUCAUUAAAAUAUAAAUUCUGUAUACCUAGACAUGGAAUGUUCCUGUGAACAGUUUAAUUGUAUGUGCUUUAUGCAAUAUGUAGCCAGGUAAACAUAUCAGUGAAUAUACAAAUUCCUCUGGUAAGGAUUUGAUGUGGAAUAUUUUGUCUUGUAAGGCAUAAUAUAGGGAAUUUUUGACAAAAUGAAAUAAAGUUUGAGAAAACAUG